CCGUAGCAUUUGGCUCAAGGCUGGGAGCAGCCAGCCCCGCUUCAGCGCCACAAGCACUUUCGCACGGGCCCAGCCGACGAUACGGGAGAUGGGGUCGCCUAGUGGGAACGACGUGGAGGCGUUGCUGCAGACCGAGGAGGCAGCCCCGACCGAGCAGCAGAGGCAGACCGAGACGACGCAGAGUGAUCUCGGAGGCAGGGCCUUCGCCUGCACUCGCCCGGCCCUGGUUGGCACGGCAGCGUUGGGGCUGGUAGCUGUGGCGACGGCCGCGGCACUGACGAGUUUCAAGGCCGGCGUUUUCUCCCAGAUGCAGCGGACGCCGGCGGCCACGGAGCAGGACCAGGAGGAGAAGGUCCUCCCCCGUUGGUCUCCCGCCGAUCCUGCCGUGGACCGGAAAGUCCUGGUGGACGUCAGACCACGGACUUGCACCGCCGUCUCCGGGAAGGACAUCCUCGGCGACGCGGUCGAGGGCAGCCAUAGCACCACGGGCGAGGAUGCUCACGGUUGCCUCGAGCGCUGCCAGAAGAACCGCGAGUGUGGGUGCUACGCGUUCGACCCGAGCCGCAAUGGGACUUGCUGGCUCAAGAAAAGCCCAUGCAACGAGCUCCACACCUGGGAUGAGUCCGGGGACAUGACGAUCGGACUUUGUCGCGAGAUGCGCCCGAAGGUUUGCACCAGCGAGGUUGGCAAGGACAUUAUGGCCGACGUGCUGACCAAUGACGGCAAAGAACUGAAGUUCAGCGACGACGAUGCUGCCACGUGUCGCCAGCGGUGUGAGAAGACCGAGGACUGCAACGGCUACGCGUUCGACCCCAGCCGUAACAAGACCUGCUGGCUCAAGGGCGGCGCUUGCGACCAGUUCUACGGGUGGGACGAGACCGCCGACAUGACCAGCGGGACUUGCCACGAGCAGCGGCCUGUGUUCGACUGGCCCAUGAGCACCCAGUCGGACGACGGUGGCAAGCUGGCGGCGAACGCCCUCAAGGAAGACCACGGGGCCCGCCGACAGGUCUGCACCACCGUGACUGGGAAGGACCUCAAACGACCUCAAUGGCGCCAAGGCCCUCGAGGACGGCGCGGGCGGGAAGUACCCGAACUCCACGGCGAGUUCGUGCAGGAGCCGCUGCGAGGGCACGGAGGCUUGCAAGUGCUACGCCUUCGACCCCAGCCGCGACCGCACGUGCUGGCUGAAGAGGGGGCCGUGCGAUGGGGGCUACGUCGCGUGGCCAGAGACAGACGACAUGGUGUCUGGGACGUGCCGCCUGGGCAGGCCCCUGUUAGAUUGGCCCCUGCGCGCUUCCAGCAAGGAGGCGGGCAUCUUGGAGAGGUUCCGGGUGGUUGAGGGCACUGGGAAGGGCAAAGUCGGUUUGCUCAGCCACCACGGAACCUACGUCACGGCCCAGAGUGACGGCUCCGUCACCGUGGACGGCGAUAGCAUGGGCGACUGGGAGACGUUCGAGGAGGUGUGGCUUCCGAGCGGGCGCGUUGCCUUCAAGAGUUUCCACGGCGGUUUCCUCAACCGCGCCCACCCAGGACGGGAUGGUCACGGCCAGCGCGAAGGAAUCCAGUGAGCAGGAGUCGUUCCAGAUCGAUGAGAACGCGGACGACAACAGCAUCACCCUCCAGACCACAUGGGGCAAGUUCCUGACGGCUGUCCGCCUAGGCGCAGCCGCGAAGGUGGUGCUCCGGAGCGACAGGGAAGCGGUCGGCAGUUGGGCCACCUUCAUCCUGCGCGCGAAGCAGUUAGAGGGCCGAGGAUUACUACUGGGCUCCGACUGGCUCGGCAACACGGUGACGCUGCAGUCGUACUUGGGCACCUAUGUCGGGGUAGGCGUAGAGGGGGAGGUCACGGUCAACGUUCAGGAGAAGGACGUGGGCAAUUGCGAGGGGUUCAAAUUGGUUGACAGCGGUGACGACGGCAUGGCAUUGCAGACGUGCAAGGGCACGUUCUUGGGAGCUCGGUCAGACGGCAAGGUCGUCGCAGAAGCGAUGGAAGCUGGGGAGUCGGAGCACUUCCGCAUCGAGACCAUCGACAGCAAGACUUUCUUCAGUGUGUUGGACCUGCCAGUGAAGAAGACCGGAAAUUUGACUGAUGGUAGUUCGAAGUUGUCCAAAUUGGACCACAAGACGCCCCAGCCGGUCGCUCUCAAGUCGAUCCACGGUGGUUAUCUUUUUCCCCUAGAGGAGGCCAAGAGGGUCUCCGACGAGGUGGUGCCUUCCAACAGCACCAGAGUCACUCAAGCAGUUCUCUUCACGCGCUCAUGCGAGGACAGCGGGCUACUACCCAUCUCUGGCAGGAAGGAGUGCGAGGCCGCCGCGAGCAGCAUCGGCUUGGUGGAGGCGGAGGCCGACGUCGAUGUCGAGAUCGUCGAGGACGCGGGGGUCCCAGAGGGGUGCUACGUGGAGAAUCAGACCCACUUCCGCCUAGGUGCGAACCCUGGCAACCAGGGCACUGGGGUGGUUCACAGGGAAGACGGCACGGUGAUGAACCCCAUCUGCGCGGGGGUUUGCCCGAGCUGCGCCAUGCCGGAGCCGACUGCGCCCGCGCUCGUGAUCCUUUUCUACGAGCGCGACCUCUGCAAGAUGCGUCUCCUGGCCUCGUCGCUGACGAAGCAUGACCCUAACCAGUUGAUCGGCACGGUACACCUCAUCUGGCUCUCGAAGCACUCCCCUAACGAGUUCAUGGGGGACAUCGACUACAUCCGCAACGCCGCCGCGGCGUCGCACACCGUGCGGUUCCACGACAUGAGCUGGAUGUUCGGGAGCGGCAUGGCAGGCUGGCACGUGCAGCAGAUUGUGAAGCUGAAGGCAUCAGGCUUGGUCCAGGAAGACUACUACGUGGUGUUCGACGCCAAGAACGCAUUCAUCCGCGACAUGAAGCCAGACACGUUCUUGACGCCCUGCUACCAGGGCAAAGUCUUCGCCGACACGGACUUCGACAACCUGAACGCGGACGCGAAGAAGUGGUAUUACGCCUCGGCCGCCGUCCUCGGCGUCGACGUCCCAUGGGGCCGAAAGUGGUCCGCCUCGAUCACCCCCGUGGUGAUGCACACUCAGACCGUGAUCGACAUGCUGCAUUACCUGAACGAGGAUCACUUUCAUAUGACCCGAGCCCGCUGUCCCUGUGCAGCGGCGCGCUCUGCGGGCACAUCAAGACCGACGGCGCCACCGAGUUCACCCUGUAUUACCUCUACGCCGCCACCAAGACGGACGAGAAGUGCAUCCACAGGCAAUCGUUGCACAACCCAGCGAUCUCCAUGUGGCGGGGGACGUUCGAGCUGAACGCCGGGAUGGUCCAGGCGGCGGCCAACGACCCCGAGGUCCUCCUCUUCGGCUCCCAGUCUGGCGCGCUGUCGGGCAUGGCCGGCGACGUGAGCCAGAGGCUCUCGAGCCAGGUGAAGGACCUCUUCGAGGGCGCCGGCGUCCACGACCCCUCGAGCUACAGCGCCGAGGGCAUUGCAGCUUGCGUGGUCGGCUGAUCGGCCUCUUUGCGCUCGCAGUCCGCAGGUGCAUUAUUUCGAUUGUCUCUGAGCGCGUAAUUUUCUUCAACAAUUCAUAUGGCGCGAGCCCUGCGUGCACGCGCUACCAUGGCCUGCCAGCAGGUGCCCCACGGAAGUUUCUCAGCUCUCGAUGGCCCCGAAGCUCUGGGGCACCUUCGGACCCUCAAAGAUCGAUUGGGUGUCGUCAUUUUCCUGACGGUCUCCCCGACCCUCGCGGCCCGAGGAGGCCUCGGGCGCGAGCCCGUCGGCGGCCGCAGCAAAGACCGCACCGCCCCUGCCCGGCUCGGAUGCCCCAAGGGCACCGAAAAUUGUUCCAGGGCCGCGCGCCGCGCCAACGAUGCGUCGCAGCGGCCAGAGGGCACUGUGCACAGCGACCUCCGCGCGCACUUGCCUGAACGACUCCUCUCUCUCUUUCUCUCUUGUUUGUCUCCCUCCUCGUGCCCCUUCACCCCCCUCCGCACCGGCCCUGGCCCCCCGUCGUCGUCCCGCCGUCGCUGGGUGUCACCCGCGCGGGCGGCGGGAAGGGCACAGCCUGAAGCGGCGGCCUGCUGGGGAGGACGGGGCGCCGAGAACGGCGCGGGCGCUCGGCCGCCAAGAGCAGAGAUGUGGCAUUUUCGAUCCAGUUGCCUGCGGCAAGUCACGCCACCGUGCCAGCACAGCAUGCUAGGUGGCGCCUCUUCGAGGGUGGGAAAGCCG